CGCAUCAUAUAGGUUUUCUCUGGUUUCAGCUCAGUCAGUCAAGUGCUGUGGACGUGAAACAGGCGAUUUUUCGGGUUCUCCUGGACCGAUAAUGACCUAUUGGCAACAAUGAAUGUCCAGAUGAAUCUGCUAACGUGAUUUUAAACGCACUGCUGUGCUUGGACGGGAAGGAUGUCCAUGUGCAUUGCUCCACUGCACUGCUGAUGUGGUGAGAAUUCUAACGGAGUUCGACCCAGGAGAGACACCUCUGACCACAAGUACAGCCAGCGGUCUAAUGUAAGAGGAUGCUCUCUUGGCCACCAUGGCCAGCUUGACUCUGAGGUACUUCUGCUAUGGCUGCCUCUUCACCUCGGCCACCUGGUCGCUCCUCCUCUUCCUCUACUUCAACCUGGGGGCUGACCCGGGCCUGGCCAGGACCCCAGUGCAGGCCAGGAACAACAGGCCACUCCAGCAGCAGCAGCAGCCAAUCACCAGGGGCCCUGGUGGCCAGAAGGCGGGGCGAGGGUCGUUUGUGGCCAAUAAGGGGAGCGAGCUUUCACCAGAGAUGGGUAUGAUAUUCAGCGAGGCGGAUCAGAGGCUCAGGGACGUGGGCUACCACCGCCAUGCCUUCAACGUCCUCAUCUCCACCAGACUGGGAUCCCACCGAGACCUGCCCGACACCAGAGACUCCCAGUGCAAGGAGAAGGUGUACCCUCUCUCUCUGCCCUCGGCCAGCGUAGUGAUCUGCUUCUUCAACGAGGCGUUCUCCGCCCUCCUGCGGACCGUGCACAGCGUGCUGGACCGCACGCCCGCCUACCUGCUGCACGAGAUCAUCCUGGUGGACGACAACAGCGAGCUGGAGGACCUGAAGGAGGACUUGGAUCGCUACGUCAGGGAGCAGCUGCAGUCGAAGGUCAGACUGGUGAGGAACCAGAAGAGGGAAGGACUCAUCCGAGGACGAAUGAUAGGAGCCUCCCAUGCCACCGGCGACGUGCUGGUGUUCCUGGACAGCCACUGCGAGGUGAACACGGCGUGGCUGCAGCCCCUGCUGGGCCUGCUGCAGAGGGACCAGCACACGGUGGUGUGCCCCGUCAUCGACAUCAUCUCCGCCGACACGCUCGUCUACUCGCCCUCGCCCAUCGUCCGCGGGGGCUUCAACUGGGGGCUCCACUUCAAGUGGGACCCCGUGCCCCCCGCCGAGCUCAACGGGCCCGACGGGGCCGCCGGGGCCUUCAGGUCCCCCACCAUGGCUGGGGGCCUGUUUGCCAUGAACAGGAAGUACUUCAACGAGCUCGGCCAAUACGACGCCGGCAUGGACAUCUGGGGCGGGGAGAACCUGGAGAUCUCCUUCAGGAUCUGGAUGUGUGGGGGUCAGCUGCUAAUCGUGCCCUGCUCCCGGGUCGGCCACAUCUUCAGGAAGAGGAGGCCCUACGGAUCGCCCGGGGGCCAGGACACCAUGGCACACAACUCCCUGCGCCUCGCACACGUCUGGAUGGACGACUACAAAGAGCAGUACUUCUCCCUGCGUCCCGAGCUGCGGGAGCGUCCGUACGGCGACGUGAGCGAGCGCCAGGCGCUGCGGCAGCGGCUGCAGUGCCGGUCGUUCCGCUGGUACCUGGACACCAUCUACCCCGAGAUGCAGCUGGAGGCCAACGGCAACAAGAAGCAGCAGAUGUUCGUGAACAAGGCCGGGCUGCGCAGGCCCAAGGUGCUGCAGCGAGGACGGCUGCGUAACCUAGCAACCGGCCAUUGUCUGGUGGCACAGGGCCGGGCCAGUCAGAAGGGCGGGGCCGUGGUCCUCAGACCAUGUGACCUCAGAGACCCCGAGCAGGAGUGGGCGUAUGACGAGGACAGCGAGCUGGUCCUGGCCAGCCUGCUGUGUCUGGACGUCUCCGAGGUGCGGACCUCCGACCUGCCCCGGCUCAUGAAGUGCCACGGCUCAGGGGGGUCCCAGCAGUGGACUCUGGGGAGGGCUAACCGGCUCUACCAGGUCUCCGUGGGUCAGUGUCUGUCCGUGCUGCAGCCCGUCGGCCCUAAGGGCUACGUUGCCAUGGCGAUCUGCGACGGCUCCCCGCCCCAGCAGUGGCAGAUGGACGGCUGACGGGGGUGACGUCACACACACACAGGAGGAGAGCCGCAGCACAGAGACGGCCUCAGGGCGGGUCACACCACAACACACACGCACAGUCCGGCAGACACACAGAAAACCAGACGUGUAACGUACACAAACUGUAUUACACACAAGCCUGACGAUACGACUUAUUGGCUUCAGUCCAUCCCUCCCUUAAGUGACCUUUGACCCCCCCCCCCCCCCCCCCCCCCCCCCCCGACACACACACCGUUGACAAGGAACAGGCACAAGGAAGUGAGGAGAACAGGAAGUGGACGUGGGCGUUUUGAUAAGUGACUUUGGAGCGUUCUUCUUCAGGGAGACAAGCGUGUGUUGUUUUUAAAAGUGAAGGAGGGAAGAGGAGAGACUCUUCCUCUCCAGGAGAAUUUUAUUCCUUGUUUUCUGCUCUUGUCUGAUAAUCACUGAUCAUUGGUUGACCUCGAGGAGGGACCGGUUGGCGCGCGCAAACACACACACACAGACACAGACACAGAGACAGACAGACAUAAACAGACUGCUGUGCCUUCAAUGGCCUUUUAAUAAUCCAUCACACGUUGUAUAAUAAUGAAAGUCAAACUGAAAGGGAACUCUUUUGGACCGGUGAGAUGCGUCCGUUCCUUCAGAGCUUGGAACCGGGAGAGGACCAACAUCACCAGCUGGGGAAUACGCUCCUCUUAACCUUUAGUGUAUUUAUUUUACAAACAUCGGGGCUAGGAGUCUAUAAUAGCAAGCUUGUGUCUGUGUGUUUCCUCUGCUGCCUGGUUGGUUGGUAGCAGCAACUGGCUGACCAGCGAUAAUCGUACUCGCUGCAUUCAAUUGCAUUGCAUUUCGUUUAGGAAUUAAACAACGCUGACUUUUAAGGGUCUACCGUGAUGAGCGACACUUUCUUUUGUCAGGAUCAGGAUUCAGAUUUCGUUGGCCCCUGGCGCGGUCAAUCGCUUUGGUAAAGAUGAGGUUGGGUUGUUCUCAGAAUACAGUGUGGAGGGAGUCUGGAAGGCACUGAUGACUUUGCUCUCUUUGGUAUUUUGUCAAUCAUGUGAUUUAAGUGUCUUUUUGUUUGGAACUGAAUCACUGUGUUCAGUGCUGCCGUUCUGUGCGUGGUCGUCUGUUCAACAUGUUGCCCGUACGAGUGUUAGCGACUCACUGUGGAGCUCAGCAUCGAUGUCCACCCAGCCCUCUCCCCUAGACAAUGCACAGCAUUGUGGUCAGGUCUCCAGGUACAGGAGGAUGUCACCGUAGCAAUGAGCAGGGGGUGCGAUCAGUAGUUUAAAGGGCCUCUAUUCUACCACAAGGUUUGAGUUUGAUUAGCCAUUACAAGCUGCUGGAACAUCCACCUUUACCUGGGUCUGAGUGACAACACAAGUCGACGUGUCCACCUACAGUCCACUGGGUAGGCUGGUAGACUGAUCUAUCCAGCAUGCAUCGAGGUGGACGCGCCCCCACUUGUGAUGUCACUAAGGCACAGGGAAGGGCAGGUUUGUAAACGGCUUGUAAUGGCUAAUCAGACUCACAACUGGCAAAAACCAGAGGCCCUUUAGAUACAGACAGAUAAACGUUUUCUAAUUGGCUCCUGAACUAAAGUUAUCUGUUGACCAGCAAAAUCUUGAGUUCUCAGUUUUGUUGAUUGCGAUGACAAUCGCUCUGAUGUCCAGGCAGCUAGUUUGCACCUUUAUUGGGGUCAUCUCAUUUUGUGCUUCCAGACACAUCACCUAGGCAUCUAUGUUUACUGUGAACAGCGCCUACUAGCUGGUAAUCGGUAUAAUAUACUUUUUUUUUUAUUGAAGGUGAUGCAAAUGUCGGCUCUUAAUUAAGUUGCUCCAUAAUGUUUAUGCGUAGAAUUUGUAAUGUUAGGAUAAUCUAAAGACCUAUAAUCCAUGUUUGACAGGAGGUGGUUUCUGGAUGGCUGGAGACUACUCUGGUGUAUUACGCCGUAGUAUUAAAGGUAGAGAUAAUAGACAUCUCAACAAUUUGUGUCGGUGAUGUUUGUAAAGGUUUGUUUUUUUCUUGUUUGUUUGGUUUGACUCUUAUUUCAUGACUUGUGGAAGCAGCAAAGUGUGAUGUACAGAAACCCUCUUCAUUCAUUCUCAAACCACUCGGUACAUUUCAGGUCUGUGACGCAGACCUACGGUUCUUUCAAAUUUCUAAUGUAAGACAUUCUUUUUAAAUCUACUGAAUUCAAGAGAAACGAAGAUGACACAGACCUUCAGUUAUUUUAAAUGUGUGAAAUAUGCGGACAUUAUUUUUAAAUCUGUCCUGAAUUCAAGAGAAAGAGGGACGACUGGUUUGGAGAAGGAUGCAGACGGCUGCUGUCCUGUCUGUGUGACCCUCAGGAGUGUGUUCAGCUUCUGCUACUGGCAUGUCUCGUGUUCCCAUUAUCUCUGGGGGCUAAUUGUGGUCCUUUUAAAUCAUUUUGUUUUGGAGCCCCCCAUGUCCGUUUGUCUUUCCAAGAAAUCGGCUUGAGGGCUCAACGCUGAAUUUCCGAAAUGAUUGAAUGUGGAAUAAGGAAGUGAUGUGCUUUAUUCUUCUCAAUGGGAAGUUCUAAGUUCACUUUGUGUUUUCUUAACCAAUAAAAGUCGUUUUAA